AUGAAUACCAGCCAGAAUGACGGAGGCCUGACUGGAAGCGCUUUCCAGGAUUCAGGCAGAUUUCCUGAAAGAGGGUAUGGCAAUUUGGCCAACCUGUUCGCCAGGUCGCCUGAGGUGGCGAUAUUUCGGAAAUUUGGUUAUCUCAGCAUGAUGAACCUCUUACGUCUUCAGUCGGAGCUUCAAGAACUUGAGCAGCAACUUGAAGACACCAGAGAAGAGGACAGAAACUCUACCGAUCCCAUCAGGAGGGAAUACGAAUCCAGUUUUCGGACUAUGAAGCAAUACGCCGAGGACUCAGACUCCAUACAGUACGAACUUUUGAUCGAAAUCAGGAAGAAGCUUGAGGAAUACCAGCUCAAGUUCACAGUACCCGCGACCACAUCAGCGCACUCAACUUGCCAGCAACGCACCAAUUAG